ACUUGCUUUUGAGUCGUCCAACAGUGAAUUUGGUUGUUGCCAACUUUCAAGUGUUUUGUCCCUAAUCACCUCUUGUCAGAACAAAUAUUAACCUUCUUAUUCAACUGUGUUAGUGCACGUCGAUAUAUAAAAAUAAAGAUAAGCAAAAAAAAUACAAUAAAAAGAUGGCAAAUCGCAAUCCAGCAGAGAACCAAUUGAACAACUUCAAAGAUACGGUCAAGGCCCCUGGAGUUGUUACAACGGGUAAUGGGGCUCCAAUUGGAACAAAAACUGCAACGCAAACUGCAGGACCUCGUGGACCUGUUUUGUUGCAAGAUGUGAGUUUCAUCGAUGAAAUUACUCAUUUCGAUCGUGAACGUAUUCCAGAACGAGUUGUUCAUGCUAAAGGAGCGGGAGCCUUCGGUUACUUUGAAGUUACGCACGAUAUUACCAAGUACUGUGCUGCUAAAGUGUUUGAAAAGGUUGGCAAACGCACUCCUAUUGCAGUUCGUUGUUCAACUGUUGGAGGAGAAUCUGGAUCAUCUGAUACAGCACGGGAUCCUCGUGGCUUCGCCGUAAAAUUCUAUACUGAUGACGGUAUAUGGGAUUUGACAGGAAAUAACACUCCAAUUUUCUUCAUUCGAGAUCCAAUUUUAUUCCCGAGUUUCAUUCAUACUCAAAAACGGAAUCCUGCAACUCACUUGAAGGACCCUGAUAUGUUUUGGGAUUUUAUCACUUUGCGUCCUGAAACAACGCAUCAAGUCAUGUUCUUGUUCGGUGAUCGUGGGAUCCCUGAUGGUUAUCGUCACAUGAACGGAUAUGGUUCACAUACCUUUAAACUUGUCAAUGCUAAAGGCGAACCAUUUUAUUGCAAGUUUCAUUACAAAACGGAUCAAGGAAUCAAGAACAUGGAUGUUAAGCGCGCAGCAGAAUUAGAUGGACAAGAUCCAGAUUAUGCAAUUCGAGAUCUUUACAAUGCUAUUGCGAAAGGCAAUUAUCCAAGUUGGACAAUGUCAAUUCAAGUAAUGACUUUCGAACAAGCAGAGAAAUGCAAAUUCAAUCCAUUUGAUUUAACUAAAGUUUGGCCUCAAGCUGAAUAUCCCUUAAUUAAGGUCGGUAAAAUGGUAUUGGAUCGCAAUCCAAAUAACUACUUUGCUGAAGUUGAGCAAAUUGCUUUCAAUCCAGGACAUUUGGUUCCCGGAAUUUUACCGUCUCCUGAUAAAAUGUUACAAGCUCGUUUAUUCUCGUAUGGAGAUACCCAUCGCCAUCGCCUUGGCGCAAAUCAUUUACAAUUACCCGUAAAUUGUCCAUACAAAUGUCCCGUAAAGAACUAUCAACGUGAUGGACCAAUGUGUUUCAGCGACAAUCAAGCAGGGGCACCGAAUUAUUUCCCAAAUUCGUUUAGCGGGCCUGCUGAAUGCGAGCGUGCUCGUAAAUUGAUCGAUAGCAAGCAUGAUAAACUUGUUGGAGAUGUUAAUCGUUAUGACACAGGCGAUGAAGACAACUAUUCGCAAGCAAGCAUUUUUUGGAAUAAAGUUUUGGAUGCUGAUGCCAAGAAACGUUUGAUAAACAAUAUCGCUGGGCACUUGUGCAAUGCUUCGCCAUUCCUUCAAGAACGUGCUGUAAAGAAUUUCAGCAAUGUAAGUCCUGACUUUGGAAAACAAUUAACUGAAGCAUUGAACAUGAAACGUACUGCAAACUUGUAAAGAAGGUGCUGUUACGAAAAUAAUUAUUGCAUUUUUGAAACAUUAAUUUCAUGUUAGUCACAUUUAUUGUACCUUACCUAUACAUUAUCUAUAUAUCAUUGGGAGCAUACUUUUUUUAUAUGGGCUUUGCUUAACACAACAAACAAUAAAAUGUUUUUUACAUGUUUA